AAGUGCAGCGUAAACUAGUCGGCAGUUUUGGUUUAUUUUAUAUGAUCUUUCCUCUUACGUAACGCGUUGAGAAAAUUUUCGCAGAACCUGGAGAGAAGCCACAGGGCCGAGCAAGCAUGAAAGAUAUCAAUCGGGUUCUAGAUCUGGGCUCGUCAAAGCUCACAGUGCUGCUGAGCCUGUCCGGCUUCAUGAUUCUUGUCCUUCUCGUCAUCGAGGAUGUCGAUAUCCUUCACUGGAGAGCUUUAUGGGUGUGGAAAGCGAUGCCAUCAGAACAGACAAGAAUAAGUGCGGGCAGCAUUGAUCCAAGCUGUGUAAGCAGGAGCUCUCAACAUCUCUACAGGGCAAACAAGGUGGCUGACAUCUCUCCGACGCUGCUAGAGUCGUGGAAGAGAUACGGUGAGUUGCACAGGAAGUGUGCUCCCUCCAACUGGACGGAAGUCCUCCUCGAAGAAAGUUCCCAUGUCAACUCAUCUUGUAAGUUCAUGAUCUAUGUUGAGACUCACGAGGGGCUGGGAAACAGGAUCUUGUCGCUACUAUCAGCGCUGCUCUACUCUAUGAUCACAGAUCGGGUGUUGAUGAUAGAUUCCAGGAAGGAAGUUGGGAAAAUACUCUGUGAGCCUUUUCAAGGCUCUUCAUGGCUUCUUCCAGCUGACUUUCCAUAUGAGAUUGUAAAACAUGCUCCGGACUUGGGACAAGCCAUCGAUAAAAACUUUAGUGUUCCAAUCGUUCACUUGCAUCUUGCUCACGUCCAGAGAGAGACCGAUAAGCUCUUCUUUUGCAACGAGUUCCAGGAGCCACUGAGCCACGUGAGGACCCUCGCCUGGAGCAGCAACCAGUACUUCGUUUCCAGCUUCUUUAAGGUACCGUGGAUGUGGAGAAAGCUAGUUACCUUAUUUCCAGGCUCUCGGCUCGACAUAUUUGCUCAACUCUCCAGCCUCGCGAUCGCACCGGCGAACUCCAUAUGGUCCCUAGUCUCUCGCUUCUACAACAGCUACUUAUCCUGCUCCAAGUCUCGGGUUGGGGUCCAGAUACGAACACACAGCCGACCAGACCUGGCCAGUUUUGAUCCGCUGGUGAACCAGAUAGUUUCCAGGUGCCUCACAAGCCACCAUCUUCUGCCGAACUUAUCCUCAAGCUCUUCGCCAUCGCUGAUCGAGUUUGAGAAGCAGCAACAGCAGCAACACCAGGUUGACGUCUCCGUUUUCGUGGCUUCGCUCCAAGGGAAGUACUACGAGACACUCAGGGACGAGUUUCUACAAAACGGGACAGCAUCAGAGGAGCUCGUCAGCUUUCACUCCCUGUCCAGCGAAGGGGCCGAGUGGCACAAUCUUCACCAGGCCAGCCUCGCUCUGGCGGAGAUGUGGCUGCUGAGCUUCGCCCACCACUUGGCCACGAGCGAGUUCUCGACUUUUGGCUAUAUCUCUCGGGGGCUGGCAAGGACGAGGCCGUGGAUGUUGAAGAUCAGAGGGACGGAGCUCCAUCCCGAGGGGGACGUGUGUUACUUGAGCCAGUCCUCGGAGCCGUGCACGCAUUUUCCCCAGCAGCCAGAUUGCUCCAGCGCCAGAAACAUUUCCACGGAGCACCGGGAGUGGAUCAAGCGUCACCUCGGUGGCUGCCAGGAUCAGAAGGGAGGCUUGCAGCUACUCAACUUAUGAGGCCACCAACAAGUUUGCAGAAGAAAGAAAAGCCACGCGGAUUCCAAAGAUCUGGUAACUUAGUUUUCGAUAUAAAGAUUCUUCUACAUUCUUUGAGUCAA